UGUGCUGGAAUUGCUGCCCUGUGAAUUCCAAGCUCAGGGCAAAAGUAGGGUAAAGGUAGUCACAAAGUAGAAGCUGAAACUAUAGCAAAGAGUCAAAAUCUUGAGGAGCUGCAGGCAGUUUAAUUUUAUUCACUUUUAUUUUCUUUAAAGAAAGAAUCCCUGCCAGUUCAUUUCUGUCCACUGAACAACAGACUUUUUGUUUUAAUAAAUUUCCUGCAGAAAAGAAGCCUGUAUUUGAGCCAUUCUGAUUAUCAAACAGAAGGAAAAGAAGUAGCCUGAAAAACCCCUCAUUCAGUUAAUGAAAACAGGAAUUAUAUCUCUGGAUGAUGGAAGGAAAAAACAUUGCAGAACGUGGGGAUAAGAAUGGAACACAGCUGCACCUGUGAUAAUGAAUUAGAAAGAUAAAUUGGCAAAAGAUCACUAUGCUCCAACCUGCAAACCUCUGCAUGUCACGGUGUGAUAAUAAUUUGGAUGUGCUGGUGAGCCCUACUUAGACUGAAUGUCUUUUUAAUUCAAAAAGUCAUUAAGGUUGCUUUGGAAAACAAGAGACUGAAGAGCAAACGAAGUAAGAAAACUAUUUUAGGUGAGGAUAGGAAAUGAGGCAGUAAGAGACCUUUCAGGGAAAGCCGGGUGAAGGAAAACGUGGAGCGGAAGCUGGAAAAUCUGAGGAACUGGAGAAGAAACCCACAAGAAAGUAAAAGGGUAUGGCAGUGAUGAAGGAUAUUCUCCGAUCCAGAAACCUCUUGCUCGUUGUUCUCAUUCCGCUUCUGCUACUUCCUCUGCCACUUUUGUACCCCAGCAGCGAAGCCUCAUGUGCCUACGUGCUGAUUGUGACAGCUGUAUACUGGGUCUCUGAAGCAGUACCUCUUGGUGCAGCAGCCUUAGUUCCUGCUUUCCUAUACCCAUUUUUUGGAGUCAUGAAGUCCAGUGAGGUGGCUGCUGAAUAUUUCAAGAACACAACCUUGCUCCUCAUGGGCGUGAUUUGUGUGGCAGCAUCUGUAGAAAAGUGGAAUCUCCACAAGAGAAUUGCCCUGCGCAUGGUCAUGAUGGCUGGGGCAAAGCCAGGCAUGUUGCUUCUUUGCUUUAUGUGUUGCACCACCGUGCUCUCCAUGUGGCUUUCCAACACAUCCACCACAGCCAUGGUAAUGCCAAUUGUGGAGGCAGUGCUCCAGGAGCUAGUGAAUGCUGAGGAGGAGCAUGAGGUCAUCAAUACUGCAGCCAGCACCAUUAUUGAAGAAAACGAGUCAAUAGGUCUCAAUGAAAAGCAUGGCCAACCUUCACUGGAGCUUAUCUUCAUCAAUGAGGAUGCUACUACUACUGACUUCAGCUCCUUGAUGCACUCCAAGAGUAUGAAUGGUGUGCACAUGAUAGCCAACCCUCUUGGAACCAUGAAUCCUAAGAGCAGUGGGCAGCAUCUGCCUCAGGCUCAGAUACUGGUCCUGCCUCCUAAGCCCUCGGAACUGCACCUGAGCACUAAGUACCGGUAUCAGACCAGACAUGACCACAUGGUUUGUAAAUGCCUCUCACUGAGUAUCUCCUAUGCAGCAACCAUUGGAGGACUGACAACCAUCAUAGGGACCUCCACUAGCCUCAUAUUCUUAGAGCACUUCAACAACCACUAUCCAAACGCUGAAGUGGUGAAUUUUGGAACUUGGUUUUUAUUCAGUUUCCCCAUCUCCCUCAUCAUGUUGGUCCUAACUUGGUUCUGGAUGCAUUGGCUGUUCUUGGGUUGCAAUUUUAAAGAGACCUGUUCCAUGAGCAAGAAGAAGAAGACCAAACGGGAAGAAAUGUCAGAGAGAAGAAUCCAAGAAGAAUAUAAGAAACUGGGAACUGUUAGCUAUCCUGAGAUGGUGACUGGAUUUUUCUUCAUCCUGAUGGCCUUGCUUUGGUUUACUCGUGAGCCUGGAUUUGUACCAGGAUGGUCAUCCUUUUUUGAGAAGAAAGGCUACCGAACUGAUGCCACCGUUUCUGUGUUUCUUGGGUUUCUCCUUUUCCUGAUUCCAGCACAAAAGCCAUGUUUUGGAAAAAGGGAAAAAGGAGAUGGUCAAAAGUCAACGGACAUUAACACGCUGGAACCCAUCAUUACCUGGAAGGACUUCCAGAAGACCAUGCCCUGGGAGAUUGUAGUGUUGGUUGGAGGAGGUUAUGCCUUAGCAGCUGGAUGCAAGACCUCUGGCCUCUCUACAUGGAUCGGACGCCAAAUGCUCUCCCUGAGCAGUCUUCCCUACUGGGCUGUAACCCUGCUGGCCUGUAUUUUGGUGUCCCUGGUAACAGAGUUUGUUAGUAAUCCAGCAACCAUAACCAUUUUUCUGCCUAUUUUAUGCAGCAUGUCAGAAACCCUGCUUAUCAAUCCUUUAUACACCCUGAUUCCUGUCACCAUGUGUAUCUCAUUUGCGGUGAUGCUGCCAGUGGGUAACCCUCCAAAUGCCAUUGUCUUCAGUUAUGGGCACUGCCAGAUUAAAGAUAUGGUGAAAGCUGGCCUGGGUGUAAACCUGAUUGGCUUAGCUGUUGUCACGGUGGCAAUCAACACCUGGGGAAUUAGACUCUUCCAGCUGAAUACUUUUCCAGAAUGGGCAGCAGUCAGCAACAUCACUAGCCAAACAUAAUCUCUAAUGAAAACAUUAAAAAAAGAAGGACAAAU